GCGCCGGAGUUGGAAUCGAGCAGCGGGUAAUUACUUCGUGAAAAACGCAGCGCCGUCUGGUGGCCGGAGGUCGGAGUUGUGCUGUAGAGCAGACAGACGAUGGCACUGGCAGUGCAUGUGUGUGUCCUGCUGCUGUGUGCAUGUGUUACUGAGUGUGUGAGUGAUUUUUAUUCAGUGUUAGGAGUUCCUUGUGCUGCUACAGAGAAAGACAUAAAGAAAGCGUUUCGUCAGCUGGCCCUCAAAUUCCACCCUGACAGAAAUCGCAGCCCAGAUGCACAACAGAUCUUCACCCAGCUUGCACAAGCCUAUGAGGUGUUGUCCGACCAAGAGAGGCGGAGACUCUAUGACCUGACGCACAUGGACCAGUGCAGCGAUAAGAUGAAGGGAAAGCCAGAACCGGGGUGCAGUGUCUGCGAUGACAAAGGUGGUUCCUAUGGUAACAGUGAUUUCCUAUCCUACAGUCUAGAUGACCUGCUUGAGAUGCUGCGGAUGGACAAAGAUUUAUUCAUGGGAGAAGAAGAUGAUGUAGGUCAAGGGUGGAGUUUUGCUCUGUGGGAUGAGUUUCAGGAGGAGGAGGAUCAGUUCAGCUUUAUGUUUGGAAUUCUUUAAGAGAGUGUUUGAUAUUCAUAUUAAUAUGCACAAUUGAAGCACUUGGGUUGCCUUGAGUUGAUUAGGAUGUGUUUUUCUGUUGUAUAUUGAUUUUAUUGAUUGAUUAAAGUGGCUCUGAUGACACAGUGAAACGUAGUUUUUGGUUUGACUCAAGUCUAGUUUCCCCAAAACACUGAAGACCUAAGGUCAUAUUAAUCAUUAAAGCAGCUGUUGUUUUACUCAAAACACAACAUUUAAAUAACUGCACAGUCAUGGCAACUUACCAUGCGGUCUAGAGAAGGACAGUAUCAUGAUAUGGUGAUCUUAGGCUCAUAUGUGGCUGCUCCAGAGUGCCCCAUUCUAUUGGUAAAGCUUUUCUAUGGCGGUUAUACAAGCUGUGUGUGCGCGGUUGAACGCCUUUGUCACUAAUGGAUGGACCAUAAAGUACUCACUUAUUCAAGUUUACUAACUGAAUUUACUAAUUAGAAGGGGUGUCUGGAUAGUUUUAGACAUUAGUGUUGCUGACUUGAUGUUAGCCCAUUAAAACAUCUUAUUUUAUUUU